GCCAUAUUGAAUAAGGAAAUAAGAGUGGAAGAGGAGGAACGUCCCGGAUGCAUGUAAACAUCCACGUCAACAGAAAGGAUAUUAAUGAAACGCUCAUAAAGGCAAGAGACAACACGAAUAUUGGCAUUCCAGACUCUGACGGAUGUAUAAUUAAAAGACUGUUAAACACGGUGGUGUUUUAGGCUCGUGCGAACAAUGACUUCACUAACGCAGAGAAACUCGGGCCUGGUGCAGAGAAGGACCGAGGCCUCGCGUAACGCCGCCGCCGCCGAUAAGGAGAAGAUCGACGGCGAGGAUGAGUUCGAGUCUCGCCGCGGGGAGGAGGAGGACGAAGACAAGGGAGACUCCAAAGAAACACGGCUGACUUUGAUGGAGGAAGUCCUGCUGCUCGGACUGAAGGAUCGAGAGGGUUACACAUCGUUCUGGAAUGAUUGCAUAUCGUCUGGUCUGAGAGGGUGUAUGCUCAUUGAGCUGGCCAUAAGAGGACGCCUGCAACUGGAGGCUUCUGGCAUGAGGAGGAAAAGCUUGCUGACCAGAAAGGUAUUGUGUAAAUCGGAUGCCCCAACAGGAGACAUGCUGCUGGAUGAAGCACUGAAACAUGUUAAAGAAACUCAACCUCCAGAGACCGUCCAGAGCUGGGUUGAGUUGUUAAGUGGUGAAACUUGGAAUCCGUUGAAGCUGCACUACCAGUUGCGAAAUGUGCGUGAACGCUUGGCUAAGAACUUGGUGGAGAAGGGCGUCCUCACCACAGAGAAGCAAAACUUCCUGCUCUUCGACAUGACCACCCACCCGCUCACCAACAACACCGUCAAGCAGCGUCUGGUGCGCAAGGUCCAGGAGGCCGUUUUGGAAAAAUGGGUGAACGAGCCCCAGCGGAUGGAUAAGCGUAUACUAGCGCUGCUUUUUCUGGCACAUUCCUCUGAUGUCCUGGAGAACGCCUUCGCUCCUCUGCUCGAUGACCAGUACGAUCUGGCCAUGAAGAGGGUGCGCAUGCUGCUGGAUCUGGAACCUGAGGCCGAAGCUGCCAAGUCGGGCGCCAACGAGCUGCUGUGGGCCGUGGUGGCCGCUUUCACCAAAUGAACCUCCAGAGGAGAGAGAAAGAGACUCAACUUUGUGCUCAUGGCAUUGGACUCAGACCACUGGUCCCAAGCUUGGUUGAUUCAGACUAAUAUUGGUGAUGGUGAUGAUGAUGAUGGAAAUGCAAUUUAUGAAGGAGAUGAUACUCAGAAAGGGACAGUUUUUCUCAUUAUCUCUGACCUUCACAAAGGUGUUGCCCUGUCUACUUCUAAUGGCCAAUAGUUGCUACACGAUUGCGAUUCACUGUGAGGCUUCAUGUAGUUCAUGCACUUAGAUCAUAAAGUUGAUGUAAGAACAGAAAUGAGUGCAUCGAAGGAGCUGGUUUGUACUUUGUAGUCCAUGACUCUAAUCUUAAUCCAGUAAUCCCGUUCUCCGUGUAUCUCUGAAUAAGGAGAUAAUUCUUCCCAAUUCAUGGGCUUGAUGAUCCCUGUAAUGGUUACAUGAAAACAUCCAGUUUUAGCCUCGUCUGCAUCUUCAACAGAAAAUGUUCGUGAGCUUCUGCCACCGAGACUCUUGAGUUGAAAGAAAAUAAACCGUUUCACAUUUCAAAAAGACUGAAAAUGGCAAACAUCAGUUUUUCUCCGGUGCUUCAAAGAUAUCGUGACCCUGCUUCCUUGUGAGAUUUUUGUUUUGUUUUCAUGAAUCCACUCAAAUAAAAAAGUUCUAACGCGUGCUAACAUUACCGACAUCUGCUUGCCGAUUCUCAUCUACUGUGGUAUAGACUUGAUCGUGGUUCUUACAUUACUCCCAAUUUAAUUCAACUCUCCAAGCCAAGAUUUACAGUUGUAAUAGUUUGUUCUGACAACGUAUGAUUUGAGUUUUACACUCACACCAUAAACAGGAAGCUCAAUGCUGACAGAUAUACCCAAAGUCAAACAUCUAGACUUAAGUUACCUCCUAAUUUUAAGUAUGUGAAUGGCCAGUCAAACACUAGCGCAGUCUCAAAAUCAAAAAGCUUUCAUUCCCUAUGCUUGAUCACUGCAUUAAUGUAGCAGUUUCGUCUCAUAUAUAUGGUUUUGUUCAUGUCAUAAUCUCUCCUCUCACUAUAUUUCCAAUUUUUAUACUGUUUUUAAUCAUUUUUAUUUCAUUCGUUCCUUUAGUUGUUAGCGCGCAGUUAUUUUCUGAGUCUUUUGUCUUUUUUUUUGGUUGGCUUCUGUUCUGAAAGUGGACCGGUAAGGGAUGGUGUACAGAGAUUAUGCCUUUCCUUUGUAAGCAAGCAGGUGCUUGACAUGUUGAUUUACUGUUAGUGUUCCAUAAUUAAUGAGCUGUAAAAGUAGAGAUGGUGUGAAAUGGAUGCCCUGAUUUGUACAUCUGCUUUUUAUCAUAUAAUAAAGGAAUAUCUUUAAGUGCCUGGAAGGGAUAUGAAUAUUA